CUUGCCCGGGAGCUAGGAAUGAGUUUUACAUCUUUAAAGGGCUAUAAGAAAGGAGAAGAGUGUGUGUCAGAGACUGUGUGCCUGGGCUUGCAGAGCCUAAACUAUUUAUUUUUCCUCUCUUGGCCCUUUACAGAAAAGUUAUGCUAACCCCACAGUGGAUGAGUUUCCCAUAUGUGUAUACCUGUUCUGGGCCAGGUGAUAGAUGACAUUGGAAGGGUCAAGAGGAGCUAAUUCUCAACGAGGUGGCAGAGAAAAGGGUGGAGGGCGGCUGGCAGGAAAGGCCCCGUGGGAGAGGUGGGCUCACUCACUUGCUCAGUCUGGUAUGAUCGGUCUAGAUCUUUCUGUAAAAGAUCACCAGUCCCAAAGUCCAGGGGAGGCCUCUGCAUUCUCUUUGAAGGCCUCCCCUCCCUGGACUGGCCUGAGGGGCAGGGAGAGAGACCUCAGGGAAGGAGUUUACGCAAGGCCCCAGGUGGCAGGCAGGUCGGCUGGCCUGUCUCUUUAAAUCUCAGGUAAUUUGGGAGGAGGGAGUGGAGUUUGUCUGCACGGCUCUGGAGGAGCUGCUGCAGGAGGAGCCCAGAGAGGGAGUCCUGGCUCUGCCAAGUGGAACAACCUCAGAGUCCUCUGAAGCCUGCCUGGGGUGCCUCCCCGAGACUCCUGUGGGGGCCAGGGAGGUAGGAGAUGGGACCUCUACAGGGAGAAGGCAGGCCAGCCCUUGGUGAGGCCAAUGUAGCCCCAAGGCUGAGCCCGGUCCAAGUCUGGCCUCGGCCUCAGCCCCACAAGGAGCCCGCCCUACACGACAUGGGGUUGCCGCUGCCCCAGAAGAAGGGGCUGGUCCUCUGCCUGUGGAGAAAGUUCUGUAGAUGGUUUCAGAGACAGGAGUCAUGGGCUCAGAGCCGGGAUGAGCAGAACCUGCUGCAGCAGAAGAGGAUCUUGGGGUGUCCUCUCCUUCUAGCAGCCAAAGAGAACAAUGUCCAGGCCCUCAACAAGCUGCUCAUGUACCAGGACUGCGAGGUACACCAAAGAGGAGCCCUGGGGGAGACAGCGCUGCACGUAGCAGCCCUCUAUGACAACCUGGAGGCGGCCAUGGUGCUGAUGGACGCAGCCCCGGAGCUGGUCAAGGAGCCCAUGACAUCUGAGCUGUAUGAGGGUCAGACUGCACUGCACGUAGCCAUCGUGAAACAGAACGUGAACCUGGUGCGAGCCCUACUUGCCCGCGGGGCCAGCGUCUCUGCGAGAGCUACAGGCACAGCUUUCCACCUCAGCCCGCACAAUCACGUCUACUUCGGUGAGGGCCAGGGCCAGGGCCAGGGCUGGGAGGAAGGGGAGGUGGGCAGUGGGCACCAGCCAGGGGAGGGAAACACAGUGCUGCACAUCCUCGUCCUCCAGCCCAACAAAACCUUUGCCUGCCAGAUGUACAACCUGCUGCUGUCCUACGACGGGCGUGGGGACCGCCGGCAGGCCCUGGACCUGCUGCCCAACCACCAGGGCCUCACCCCCUUCAAGCUGGCCGGAGUGGAGGGCAACACUGUGAUGUUCCAGCACCUGAUGCAGAAGUGGAAGCACAGCCAGGGGACAUUCGGGCUGGUGACCUACACCCUCUACGACCUCACGGAGAUCGACUCCUCAGGGGAUGAGCCGUCGCUGCUGGAACUUAUUGUCACCACCAAGAAGCGGGAGGCUCGCCAGAUCCUGGACCAGACGCCCGUGAAGGAGCUGGUGAGCCUCAAGUGGAAGAGAUAUGGGCGGCCCUACUUCUGCCUGCUGGGCGCCUUGUACGUGCUCUAUAUCAUCUGCUUCACCAUGUGCUGCGUCUACCGCCCGCUCAAGCCCAGGACGGAUAACCGCACUCAGCCCCGGGACAACACCCUGUUGGAGCAGAAGCUACUUCAGGAGGCCUACAUGACCAGCCAGGAUGGCGUCCGGCUGGUGGGGGAACUGGUGACUAUCAUUGGUGCUGUGAUCAUCCUCAUCUUGGAGAUCCCAGACAUCUUCAGGGUGGGGGUCACUCGCUUCUUUGGACACACCAUCCUUGGGGGGCCGUUCCACGUCCUCAUCAUCACCUAUGCCUUCAUGGUGCUGGUGACCAUGGUGAUGCGGCUCACCAACACCACCGGGGAGGUGGUGCCCAUGUCCUUCGCCCUGGUGCUGGGCUGGUGCAAUGUCAUGUACUUCGCCCGAGGAUUCCAGAUGCUGGGCCCCUUCACCAUCAUGAUCCAGAAGAUGAUUUUUGGCGACCUGCUGCGAUUCUGCUGGCUGAUGGCUGUGGUCAUCCUGGGCUUCACCUCAGCCUUCUAUAUCAUCUUCCAGACGGAGAACCCCGAUAAGCUGGGCCAUUUCUACAACUACCCCAUGGCACUGUUCAGCACCUUUGAGAUGUUCCUCACCAUCAUCGAUGGCCCCGCCAACUAUGACGUGGACCUGCCCUUCAUGUACAGCAUCACCUAUGCUGCCUUCGCCAUCAUCGCCACGCUGCUCAUGCUCAACCUCCUUAUAGCCAUGAUGGGCGACACUCACUGGCGGGUGGCCCAUGAGAGGGAUGAACUCUGGAGGGCUCAGGUCGUGGCCACCACGGUGAUGCUGGAGCGGAAGCUGCCUCGCUGCCUGUGGCCUCGCUCCGGGAUCUUCGGGCGAGACUACGGGCUGGGGGACCACUGGUUCCUGCGGGUGGAAGACAAACAGGACGUCAACCAGGAGCGAGCCCGGCGCUACGUACAGGCUUUCCACAAACGGGGCUGGGACAACGCAGACAAAGACUCAGACAGAGACUCUGAAAAACUGCAGCCACGCUGCCCCUCCGGCCCCAACCCGUCCCUCCCUACGCCCUCAGUGUCACAAAGCAUGUCCCGCAGCAACACCCACUGGGGAAAACUUCGGCAAGGGACCCUGAAGACAGAACUGAGGGGGGUGGUGAACAAGGGUCUGGAAGAGGAGGGCUGGGAAUAUCAGAUCUGAGCCUGUGCUCUGGCUUCGGUUCCCAG